AGAGAGAGUAAUGUGCCUUUCACAGAGCUAGGAGCUUGAUGGGAAUGUUUGAUUAGCUCCUCUCUGAAAGAGAAAAGGUGUCCAGGCCUCCCUCCGCUGCCUGCCUCUCCUUCUGUAGAAUAAUGUUGGCUGGAGUUUGGGGUACAGAAAAGCUUGGAAAAAAUAGCACUUUCAUACUGUGUGGAGAAAAGGAAUAAAAAGUUGCACACCUCAAGCAAGUGCUCCUUACUGACGUAAACAGAUUUUGCUUUACUCACCAUGAAGGCCACAGUCAUUGCAACCUUCUUUGGUGUGUUUCAUAUAUGUACAUAUGCAGCUAAGGAAGCCCCAAAGAAGACAAAAAAGGCUAAGCUAUAUGUACCCCAGAUCGACUGCGAUGUCAAGGCGGGGAAGAUAAUCAAUCCAGAAUUCAUUGCAAAAUGCCCUCCUGGAUGUCAAGAUGUAAAAUACCGUGUUUAUGGCACAGACAUUUAUGCUUCCUUUUCCAGUGUGUGCAAUGCUGCAAUUCACAGUGGUAUAAUCGACAAUGCAGGUGGGAAGAUCCUCGUCCAGAAAGUUGCUGGCCACUCCGGUUACCGUGGGAGCUUCUCCAACGGGGUCCGGUCCCUAUCGCUGCCACGCUGGAGGGAGUCCUUCCUCGUGUCAGAGGGAAAGCCAAGAAAAGGUGUGACAUAUCCAUCAACUCUUGAAUAUUCUUCUUCAAAAAGCACAACUGUUAAAUCAGAGCCUAAAAAGCCAGAGCAAGACCUAAAAGAUACAAAGAGUGCAGAUACCGCUAAUGCAGCAGAAAAAGCAUCAGAACAAGGGAACGCAGUCCGCAAAGAGCAUCAGACACCUCCGGUGCCGACACCAGCCACACAAAUGGCCACCACAACCCCAACACCAACGACCACAACGACGGAUCCUUCCACCACACCAAAGCCAACCACAACACCUGCAACAACCAGAACCACAACAGUUGCCGCUGCAGCCAAGACUAGACCUGGAAUGCAUAGGGUCAGAGAUAUAGGUUCUAGCAGUGUCCACCCAGCAUACGCAUCUGUGAUAGCUGCAGCAUCAAGACAGAUUCAGGCUGCACAAGGAAGAGGACAGAAUACAGCAUUUAGGGGCACUUCCACCUCUGCAAGUAACAGGAAUAUUUUACGACCUCAUACAGGUAUUCAGCGCCAAGAGCCUGUUGCUGCCGGUUCUCCAGCCCACUUGGCAAUGGAAACAGACUUGUGGAAACCUGGACUGAGCCUUUUUGACACAGGUUUCAGUUCAAAGAAAGAAUUGAAUCCGAAGCCGCUGGAGUCCAUCUCGCAAGGGAAUCCAAAUUGCAAGGUUGAUUUGUCCUUCUUGAUGGAUGGGAGCUGGAGCAUCGGUAAACGCCGCUUUCAGCUCCAGAAGCAGUUCCUCGGUAAUGUGGCUCAAGCCCUUGGCAUCGGCAGUGCUGGUCCCCUGAUGGGCAUCGUUCAGUACGGCGAUGACCAUUCCACAGAAUUUAACUUAAAAACUUAUGCCAACUCCAAGGACCUAAGAAAUGCCAUAGAGAAAAUCACGCAGAAAGGUGGACUUUCCAAUGUUGGGAAGGCACUUUCAUUUGUUAACAAAAACUUCUUUUUGGAUGCUAACGGAAACCGAGGUGGAGCACCCAAUGUGGUUGUAGUGAUGGUGGAUGGGUGGCCAACUGACCGAGUAGAGGAGGCAUCCAGGCUGGCCAGAGAAUCAGGGAUCAACAUUUUCUUUGUCACUAUUGAAGCAGCUGCUGAAAGUGAGAAGCAGAACGUUAUCGAACCAAACUUUGUGGACAAGGCAGUAUGCAGGACAAACGGCUUCUAUUCCAUCAAUGUACCGAGCUGGUUCAGCCUACACAAGGUGGUCCAGCCCUUGGUGAAGCGGGUCUGCGACACCGAUCAACUGGUUUGCAGCAAGACGUGCCUCAAUUCAGCUGACAUUGGGUUUGUAAUCGAUGGCUCCAGCAGUGUCGGCACCAGCAACUUCCGCACAGUCCUCCAGUUUGUAGCCAACAUCAGCAAGGAGUUUGAGAUUUCAGACACCGACACCCGCAUUGGAGCUGUUCAGUACACCUAUGAGCAAAGGCUCGAGUUCAACUUUGACAAGUACAGCACGAAGCAGGACGUGCUGAGUGCUAUUAAAAGGAUCAGUUACUGGAGCGGUGGGACCAGCACGGGAGCAGCCAUCAGCUACGCCUCAGAGCAGCUGUUCAGCAAAUCCAAACCCAACAAAAGAAAGAUCAUGAUUCUCAUUACAGAUGGCAGGUCUUACGAUGAUGUUAGAGUGCCAGCCAUGGCAGCUCACCAAAAUGGUGUUAUAGCUUACUCCAUUGGAGUUGCUUGGGCAGCCCAAGAUGAACUGGAAGCCAUCGCAACAGACCCCGAUAAGGAACAUUCCUUCUUCGUGGAUGAAUUUGACCACCUCUACCGCUUUGUUAAUCAGCUCAUCCAAAACAUUUGCACAGAAUUUAAUUCCCAGCCACGGAACUGAUGGACUCGAGCAAGGCAGGACCCUCGGGCACCAUGCUGAAGGCACACCAAGUACAUCAAGAGUAAUGUCAGUCCUCAGUUCAAGAAAUACUGGAGGUGUUUUUCUCUGGCACUUUCCAGUCAGCAAGGUUGAUUGCAGCUCUGUCGCUAUGCAUGAUAACGCUCUGUGUAGACUGUUGAUUUUUUUUUUUUUUCUUCCUUGCAGGCUUCAGAAACUCUGAUUUGGAUGGAUAGAGAAACAGGCAGUAAACACAGAGAAAAUAACUGCAGCUCUCUGAAAAGCUGCUUUCAGUAGAGAGCUCCAGCUUGUCUGAUUCCCACCUUUGGGCAAACAUAAGCUCCUUAAAAUGUAUCCCAUUCUUCCUGAAGUGGACAGGUCCCUUCAGGGAGAAGCCACGAUGCUCAGCUGCUGUGGCAGCAGAAGCACCUCUAUGUGGCACUGGCACUGCCCAAGAGACGACACCCAGGUCAGGGCUGAAAUAGCAGACACUUUUUUUUUUUUUUUUUUUUUUUU